AUGUCAUUCCAAGAUAAAGAAGAUCCAAAGACUUUAGUCUUAUUCGAUGUUGAUGGUACUUUAACCCCAGCCAGAUUAGAAGUUUCAGAUGAAAUGAGAGAAACUUUAGUCAAAUUAAGAAAGAAGGUUGUUAUUGGAUUUGUUGGUGGUUCAGAUUUAAGUAAACAAGUUGAACAAUUAGGAGCAACUGUUUUAGAUGACUUUGAUUACUGUUUCUCAGAAAAUGGUUUAACUGCUUACAGAUUAGGUAAAGAAUUAGCUUCAGCUUCUUUCAUUGGUUGGUUAGGUGAUGAAAAAUAUAACAAAUUAGUUAAAUUCAUCUUAAGAUAUUUAUCUGAUAUUGAUAUCCCAGUCAGAAGAGGUACUUUCAUUGAAUUCAGAAAUGGUAUGAUCAAUGUUUCACCAGUCGGUAGAAAUGCUUCAACUAAAGAAAGAAAUGAAUUCGAAAUCUAUGAUAAACAACAUAACAUUAGAUCAAAAUUAGUUGAUGCUUUAAAAGAAAACUUUGCUGAUUACGGUUUAACUUACUCUAUCGGUGGUCAAAUUUCUUUUGAUGUUUUCCCAACCGGUUGGGAUAAAACUUAUUGUUUACAACAUGUUGAAGCUGAAAACUUCAAAGAAAUUCAUUUCUUCGGUGAUAAAUCUUACAAAGGUGGUAAUGAUUAUGAAAUCUAUAACGAUGAAAGAACUAUCGGUCAUGCUGUUGAAUCUCCAGCUGAUACCAUGAGAAUCUUAAAUGAAAUCUUCAAGUUAUAA